AUGUCUCGCAGAGUCAACGCGUCGACCGACGCUGCAAAAGAAGUCACCGCCAGUCCCCCCAUGGACAAGCAAAAGCGCCUGUUGGAGGAGACUGAUCCUGGCCACUUCUCCAUGAUCCGUGCAAUGCACCUUGCUGACCUGAUCACUCUCCUGAACGGCUUCUGUGGUAUCAACUCGGUCCUGUCCUCCCUUCGUUACUGCAUGGGUAACCCAAACGAUCUCGGUAAUCUCUGGGCUGCUCUAGCUUUCAUGCCCUUCGGUCUAUUCUUCGACUUUAUGGAUGGCAAGGUUGCUCGCUGGAGAAAGAAGAGCUCGCUCAUGGGCCAGGAGCUUGAUUCGCUGGCUGACUUGAUCUCCUUCUGUGUUUCUCCUGCUGUCGCAUCUGUCGCAAUUGGCAUGCGAACCCCUCUCGACCACUUCCUCCUCACCUCCUUUGCCCUCUGCGGUCUCCUGCGUCUUGCUCGUUUCAACAUCACCACCGACAGUGUACCCAAGGACGCCAACGGCAAGGCCAAGUACUUUGAGGGUCUUCCCACUCCUACCUCCCUAGGCAUUGUCGGCGUCAUUUCCUACUGGGUCAGCCAGGGUUGGAUCCACGAUCAAAUUCCCUUCGGCGUCAUUGCUGAAGGCUCGAUACUCGAGUUCCACCCCGCCGCUCUGAUCUUCGUCGCCCAUGGAUGCCUCAUGAUCAGCAAGACUUUCCACGUCCCUAAGCCUUGA